AUGACACAAAUCGAGGAUAACCUGGGAGGCUGUAUAAGGGACGGAUCGAGCGGUGUCGUCCGAGAGACGUCGUUCAUUGGUGGACGAUGCCUUUGCACCUUAAAAGAUACUCUAUGGCGAAUGCAUAAAGCCUGCACUUUUGAAAUGAUCAUGGAUCAAUAUUUCAGCCUUGGAUCUGAUGGCUUUGGCGGUUAUAGGCGGAGCGGUCCCAUCAGUUGCCACGCCUAG